AUGUGGAAUACAUCAUAUGACCUGCAAAUUUUGAAAGAGUUUGAUCUUAAGAGCAGAAAAGUUAAACAUGUGAGAAUUAUGAAGAUUUACUUCCAAUUACCAGGCAAAAAUGAAUUAUUACUCUGUUGUGAUGGUGAAUCAAAAGGAAAUCCAGGAAUUUCAGGGUAUGGCUUUAUAGGGAGAAACAAUGGUGGAGAAUUUUUCAUUGCAGUUACAGGUGGUCUCGGUAUUGCAACAAAUUUCUGUGCAGAAGUCAUGGUAGUAAUCAAUGCAUAUGAGUGGGCUGUUAGUAAAGGUUUCCAUCAGCUCAUAUUUAGAAUAGAUUCAUCAUCUGUCAUGACCUCUUUUAAACAAAACAGAAUACCAUGGUAUGCAGUCAGUAGAUGGAAGAAUAUAUACUCUAAAGUUUCUAGAUGGAAAAUAAUUCAUAGCUACAGAGUGGUAAACUUCUCUGCAGACAAGCUUGCUAAUAUAAAGGGGUCACUCUAG